AUGUCAACCGAUCAUCCAAAAGUUCUUCGUUGGGCAAUUCUGGCUGCUGGUAAGAUAUCAAAAGUGUUUGUAGAUGAUUUAUUGAUCGAUCCAAGGACCCGAGAAGUUACCGAUAUAUCACACAAGCUCGUAGCAGUUGGAUCAAGAUCGAUCGAAAGAGCUCAAGAGUUUAUUAAUAGUUUUGAAAAACUUAAAGGAGAAAAAGUUCAAGCUUAUGGAUCAUAUGAAGAACUUUUCAAUGAUCAAGAAGUCGAUAUAGUUUAUAUUGGUUCUCCUCAUUCUUUACAUCAUUUACAUACAAAAUUAUCUCUUUUAGCCGGUAAACAUGUUCUUUGUGAAAAACCAAUGACAGUAAAUGCAAAACAAGCUGAAGAAAUCUUUAAGAUAUCAAAAGAGAAAGGACUUUUUGUGAUGGAAGGUCUUUGGACACGAUUUUUUCCAUUAAUGACAAAGUUACAAGAAGUGAUCAAGUCAGGUACAAUAGGAAACAUCUUACAAGUUCAUGCUGAUUUCGGUAUACGAUUUGAUCCAAAAGAAUGUACUUCAAAUCAUCGAAUCUUCGAUCCAAUGUUAGCUGGAGGAGGAUUACUAGAUCUAGGACCGUACUCAUGGACAAUGUUAGCCAUGACAUUAUUACCGCAAUCUACCUUACUAAAAGAUCCUAAGAAGAUGAAUGGAAAUAAAGAACAUUCAAAUGAUGGAAACUCAUUGAAUGAAGAAUCUUUAAUGAUGCCUAAGAUUAAAUCUUCAGCUGUGAUGUAUCGUCAUCCAGAUGCGAAACCAAACUCAUCAAAGAUUGACGCAUCUACCAUCUCAAUCAUCGAAUUCCCCACCUCUUCAGGUGAAAUCAUUCCAGGGAUUAUGGAAACUAGUAUUACUCGUCCAACUUUAGAUGAUAGAGCAGUUACCAUCUAUGGUUCCAUGGGUC